AUGCUGUCAGGAAUAUUUCUUGUUUUGUUUCAGAUUGCGAAUUAUUUGAUGGCAGUGAAUGGAAUAUAUCAGAAUGUGGACUUUCUGGGAAUCCGACACAUAAACUUCCAGGUUCAGGAACUGUCGAUUGACUCCAAAUACAACAAUUCCAAUCCUCUCCAUGACCGCUUUGUCAGUGCAGAGAAACUUCUGGAUUUACAUUCCAAGGAAAACUGGAGCAAGUAUUGUCUGUCGUACCUCCUGACAAACCGGGAUUACAGUGGUGUGCUUGGACUGGCAUGGCAAGGGAACGUGGUCUAUAAUGGUGGUAUCUGCUCCAGCAGUCUGAACACAGGACUGAUCACCGUCCGGAAGUACGGCUCACAGCUCCCUCUGAGAACGAUUCACCUCGUUCUGGCUCACGAGCUUGGUCACAGUCUCGGAUCCCCGCACGAUGGGGAUAAGGAAUGUCAACCCUGGGAAUCUUCACAUCUCCAGGGGAACCCAGCUGGAAAUUUCUUGAUGUAUCGUUAUGCCUCAUCCGGGGAUGACUAUAAUAAUGAUAAACUGUCUGACUGCACCAUCCAGCACAUCAGCGAGAUCCUGAAGAGAAAGAAAGAUCGGUGUUUCCACAAGAGUACGAAGCCAAUCUGUGGCAAUCAGCUGGUGGAGGGGGGAGAACAGUGUGAUGUCGGACACUCCAGCACUGACCCUUGCUGCUAUGGUGCCAGCCAAUCAGAGGGAGCUCCCUGUCAACUGAAGCCAGGGAAAAGGUGCAGCCCCACUCAGGGACCGUGCUGUGACUCCUGGUGUGAACUGGUGCCCCUGGGUCAGCGCUGCAGGAAAGAGACCGAGUGCAACUUUGAGAGCCAUUGUGAUGGAGUGAGCACUGCCUGCCCCAAACCCCUUCCCAAAGCUAACUACAGCCUCUGUAACCAGGGAAUGCGUCUGUGCCUGAAUGGGCCCCCGGGCUAUGUGAUCUGGGUUUGCAUGAACCUUCAGCAAGUUCUUCAGUCUUCUUCCUGCCACGAAGAAAGACAAGAGCUGUAG